AUGAUUAGCUGCCUCUUAAGCGUUAUUGGGGCCAUUUUCUACACUUACGUUGUGUGCUUUUUAUUGUGGCCGGUCCUAGCAUACUACGUGCUUCGAUUCUGCUUGAGUAGAAGGGGCGAUUUGAAGAGAGCUGGAGAAUGGGCUGUUGUGACUGGAGCAACCGAUGGCAUCGGAAAGGCGUUUUGUGAACUGCUGGCCAAAGAAGGUCUCAAUGUCUUCCUUAUCAGUCGCUCAGAAGAUAAGUUGAGAGCUGUGGCUGAAUCACUUGAGAACAAAUACAAAAUCAAGACGAAGGUUUUUGUUGCUGACUGCACGAAAGAUGAUUUUUAUGAGCGGUUGCAAAGUGAGCUCUGUAGUCUGUCGUCAAUUUCCUGUCUUUUCAACAAUGUGGGUUUGGCCUACAAACACCCAGACGACCUCUGCACCAGUGACUUCCUCACUCCCGGUUUUUGUCAAGACAUUAUCACAGUCAAUGCCACGACCCUUACAAAAAUCACACGCCUUGUGCUCCCGAAAAUGAUUAACGAUCCACUGCCCACCCCUGGUGUCUAUCGUUACAUCAUCAACAUUGGCUCCUUUUCUGGUACCUUUUCUGUUCCCUAUUUUACCGUUUACUCCGCUUCGAAGGCCUAUGUUCAAAGCUUUACAAAAGCUCUUGCUGGUGAACUAAAGGACACAUGUGUCCGAACCCAACUCUUCACACCUUCAUACGUUGCUACUAACAUGUCUGGUCUUAAGCCUACGUCAUCAGUGCCUUCGGCAAUGACCUACGCGAAUUCGGCGCUGUCCAUGAUCGGAGUGGAGGCAGAGGGAUGUGGCUACUUUAAUCACGAAAUGUUUUCUCGUUUCAUGCAAUUGAUACCCUCCUGCUAUCUGUCCGUUGCUCUGUCAAAGCGCAUGGCACGUUCUCGCGAGAGUAAGAAGGGCGACUUGAAAAAGGCUGGGGAAUGGGCUGUGGUGACUGGAGCAUCCGAUGGCAUCGGGAAGGCAUUUUGUGAACUACUGGCUAAAGAAGGGCUAAAUAUCCUCCUUAUUAGCCUCCCUGAAGAUAGGCUAAACUCGGUUGCCGAGUCUCUCGAAAGCAACUUCAAAGUCAAAACCAAGGUUUUUCCCGCUGACUGUGCAAAGGAUGAUUUUUACGAUCGGUUACAAUCAGAACUGGCUAGCCUCUCCUCUAUAUCCUGUCUUAUCAAUAAUGUCGGCGUUGCCUAUGAUCACCCAGACGAUUUCUGUAGUGAAACGGUCACUCUCGGUUUCUGCCAAGACUUGAUUACCAUCAAUGUCACAACGCUCACCAAAAUCACGCGAUUGGUACUUCCCAAGAUGAUCAACGAUCCUCUUCCAACACCUGGUGUUAAUCGUUAUAUCAUCAACAUCGGAUCUCUUUCUGGUCUCCUUUCGAUUCCCUAUUUUGCGGUUUACUCUGCCUCCAAAGCCUACGUUCAAAGCUUUACCAGAGCUCUUGCUGGUGAACUAAAGGACACGUGCGUUCGAACCCAACUCUUCACGCCGUCAUACGUUGCCACCAAGAUGUCUCAUAUGGAACCCUCGUCUUCAGUGCCAUCAGCAAUGACCUACGCGAAGUCGGCGCUGUCCAUGCUUGGAGUGGAGGCGGAAGGGUGUGGCUACUUUAAUCACGAGAUGUCUUCUCGCUACAUGCAAUUGAUACCGUCGUACUACCUCUCUUCCAGUUUGGCCGAUCGAAUGUUACGUGCCCGCGACAGGUGUAGAAGAGGCGAUUUGAAGAAGGCCGGUGAUUGGGCAGUGGUUACCGGGGCAACCGAUGGCAUCGGGAAGGCAUUCUGCCAACUUCUUGCCAAAGAUGGCCUCAACAUCUUCCUCAUCAGCCGCAACAGAACCAAACUCCAGACUGUGGCUGAGUCUCUGGAGAAGCAGUACAACGUCAGGACGAAGAUCUUUGUUGCUGAUUGCACAAAGGAUGACUUCUAUGACGAGUUGCAAAGAGAACUCACCGGUCUGUCAUCGAUUUCCUGUCUUAUCAACAACGUUGGCAUGUACUACAAGUAUCCAGACGACUUCUGCAACAGCGAUUUUCUGACUCUUGACUUCUGCCAAGACAUGAUCACAGUCAACGUCACAACCCUCACCAAGAUCACGCGUCUGGCACUUCCAAAGAUGGUCAGCGACCCUCUGCCCACUCACAGUGUUCAUCGCUACGUCAUCAACAUCGGUUCUCUUGCUGGUCUUCUCGUAAACCAAUACGCUGCAGUCUAUUCAGCAACGAAGGCCUACGUUUGCAGCUUCACACAGGCUCUGGCUGUUGAGUUGCGCGAUACGUGUGUUCGAGCUCAGAUCUUCACGCCGUCCUAUGUUGCCUCCAACAUGUCUCACUUGAAGACAGCGUCUCUGAUUGCCCCGUCGGCUCUAACCUUCGCCGACUCCGCUCUGUCCAUGGUCGGUGUGAAGACCGUCAGCUGUGGCUACUUCUACCACGAUUUCAAGUACCAGCUGCUGCGUUUGAUGCCAACUUGUCUUUUCACAUCAAUCGUCACCAAAAUUAUGUUUCGUGUUCGCGAAAAGUGGCUACGGGAAACCAAGGAAAAAGUUAACUGA